GUGUGUAAACCGAGGUAAAACAGGCCCGAGAGUGUCACCAUCAGCAGCCGUCAGCAGGGAACCGAUCGAACUUUUCUCAGUCCGCGAGUGGAUUUUCUAACGUUUAGUCUGGUUCCGCUUUUACCCUUCUAAUCAAUGGAUAGCAACUUGAAGGGAAAAUUUAAUUAGUCACAGCUUCAGGAUAUUAGCGAGUGUUGCUUGUGGUGUUGGAAUGGAUGGCUCCAAGUGAAGGAGCCGUGUGAUAUUUGUCCUGUGCGUGCACGAAUGAUGGACUGUGAAAAGCAAGAGCUGAUUUAAAUCUUUGAUGACUGACAAAGGAACAGCGGCAGUGCAAGUGACACAGCACAGGAGGGGGUGGAAGAAGAAAGUCUAGCGCGAGAGCUGUGUUUUCCUCGGUUCGGUUAUUUCUGUAAAUAUAAGCAUUAAUUUUAAACAUCGUGUGUGAGAAGGUUCGCUUGAUCCGUGUAAGGAAUAAGGAAUAAAUUAAGCCAUUAAAAUUAUCAACAGUGAAAAUCAGUGUCCCAACGUACAGAAAACGGCGAAAGCAAGAGUGAGAUCGCAAGGCGUUAUAGGAAAAGCUUGUAUGUCGAAAACGGCAAGCGAGUGAGUGAACAGGAUAAUCAAACAGCGACACAGCACAGAGAAUAGGCAGCGCGGAAAAGUGGAGCAGCAAAGUGGAUCAUUCCUAGACCGUCGUGUGGAGCAGUGCCAGCAGUAGAGUCCAGAAUCACCAGCGUCAGCCAAAGCUGGUCCCUGGUUUCGUACACCAGCAGCGAGUGAUUUAAUUGCUCCUGAAUUCAGACGUCAGACGACGGACCGUUCAUCUUUUUUUUAUGAAAUCGGGUCGAUAAUCGCCAGGAUGGAGUGCAAAUUGAUUUCGCGAUAUUCGCCACUACUCGUGCUAUUCUUGGCAUCACUAGUAAAUGCACAAACAGGUCGCAAGCGUGAACUUAACAAUCUGUACCAAGUGAUCUAUUAUGGUGACUCCCAGGUCGAGGUCGGCAAACCGUUCACGAUAUCGUGCAUCAUCUCGAUCACCGACCCGGUCGAGUGGCACAAGGAUGGUGAACCGAUCCGAAAGCACAGCAACAUUCGCCACGGCAAGGACGAACAUUCCUACAUCGAAAGCGAGAUGGGAAUCGCAGGCAAUCGGGACAAGAUCGAAGCCACGAUUAGCGUUCAACGGGCUUUGCCGAAGCACCAGGGUCGCUAUCAGUGCAAUUCACUGUACAAAAACUAUCACAUGCUGUACGUACAUCGCAACGGAUCGCUUGGCGGGGGCAGUAUUGCCAUCGGCACGAAUCACGAUAAAACUGCUGCCGUACUAGACAAGCUGGACGAGCCUGUCGUGGGCCCACUACUGCUUACAACAAUUAAACCAACCUUGAUUACCUCAAUCGCAGAGCCACAUCAUCCAUCAUUGUCAACUGCUGGCUCGCUAGUGCCGCUCGAUGUUCACACAAUUGGUCUGGAGUCGGACCACAGCCCGCAUCACCAUCGCCAAUCGUCCCAAUCGCAUCACCACCACCUUGCUGCCGGUGAUAAAUUUACGAAACCUAACGACAAACCGAAAACCCAACAUACUUUUAAUGGGAAUCAAAACCAACCAGAAGACACCAAAAUCCGCUCGAAUGCACGAGACGAAGACGAAAGUCCACCAUCUGGCAAUCAACUUGAGAAGGGCGGCAAGGGAGAUGGAUACUCGGAAACGGCUAGAGCUGGCAAGGACAGAACGGAUGUUAUGAUUGUCAAUAAAUACAAUGAAAAAAAUGGCGUUACCAUUCCUGUGGAAGAUGUAGACGUUGCUUCUGGAGAAUUCUCUAUACCCCUUGAAGAAAAGGGAGAAAAAUCUGACGCUACACUAAAACACGUUCACGUCCAAGUAGCGCUGCCGGAUGAUGACCGUGACGAUAAUGACGACAAUGACGAUUAUGGUACCUCCAUUGUAAUCGAAAGCAAAGACGUCUCAGUCGAGGACGGUAUCGACAAGUUGAUACUGAAUAAAAGUGAGAUUAACGGCAUCAUUCGGGUUGAUAUCGAGGAGGAACCACCCCGCCGGCAUCACACCGGUCUGGUACAACCACCCCGCAAGUUGGAUCGGAUCCAAGAUGAGAAAAUGAUGAUCGUUGAUUCAGUUCUACCAACCGGCAUCAGCAGCAGCAGCAGCAGCGGCAGCAGCAAUUUUGAAACCACUAGCAGCACUGCUACCACCGCUCUUAUGUUAAUGCCCACUAUUUCGGUUACGAUUCCAGCCAGCAGCACAACAAUAGGUGGCUCGACUACGAAACACGGUGACUCUGCACACGCGGGACACGGCAACGAAGGACAUCACCACCACCACCAUCACGAACACGAACAAGAACACCGUCAGCAUGCGGCCAGUGCGGAAAUCCUACAGCCUAACUACGAUGAUCCCAGUUCUAUUUCAAAGUUUUUCGACAUUGGAAAAGCAAUAACGCUCGGUUGUAAUGUAACCAAAGAGGGUUAUGAUUUAAGUUGGUCUAAGGAUGGCAAAAAUGUCAGCGAUGUUGUAUCGCUCAAAGAUCGCUACCGAAUACUGAACGAGGAGCGCAAGUUUAUAAUCAGCCGAUCGCUGGAAAGCGACGCCGGUACCUACACCUGCAGUGUGCUAGCGCUGAAUGCAUCUAGGACUUUUAAUGUAGUAGCGAAUGUUUUCGUUAAAUUUGAAAGCACAGAAAUAGGAAAAACAAACAUGGUGGAGGGUGAGCAACUAUCGCUACACUGUAUAGCGUUCGGAACGAAUCCCAAGAUCUCCUGGAUAAUUGGUAACAAGACCUACACCACGGGGACAGACCACAUCCACCUGGACGAGGACGACAAGGGCGUCGAGAAUGCCCGACUAACGAUCGAAGCUGUCGCGAUGAGCGACUACAUGGAUUACACCUGUGAGGCUCGAAAUAACGCCACGGAGUUCACGGGUCGCCUGGCGCACGCCACGAUAACCGUUAGGAUUAGAGGAAAAUAUGCUGCGCUUUACGUUUUCUUGGGUAUUAUAGCCGAAGUUGUUGUAUUAUGUGCGAUUAUUUUAAUAUGCGAAAGAAGACGUAACAAAACGGAAGUCGAAGAAAGUGACACCGACCAGAGUCCAGACCAACACAAAAACGGUCACAACGGAAACGCUUCCGAGCUACGUCAAAGAAAAUCCUAAAAUUGGAUCACCACCGGUUUUGUUUUCUCGUGCGAAUCAAAGACACUUAACUGAAAAUGCUAACAGAGUAAAAAUUUUCUAAUACACCUAUAAAACUGUGUAACGCAUUUACUUCAUAUUUUCGGCGGGAGGUUUCCUAUGCUGACAUGUGUCAAAAGAACCACCGGAGUCAGCAAAUAGUGUAUCUACUGUUCGAAAAUCGAUCAAAUUGAAUGCAUUACACGGGCUGAAUUACUGACCAUUACUAAUCCCCAUUUUAAUGCUAAGAUGUAAAUUUGCCUCUUCGAUUGUUCAAUUCUAAUCCCAUUACUGCACGUUACCUAGUAGCAAUCCCAGUCGACCUGUGGACAGGUAUCUGAAAAACCCCGCACCAAAAAAGUUUCGUGGUAGAUCUUCAAAUUCAUAUAUUUAUAAACUAUGCAAGUAAUAUUAGAAAAGUAGCUAGACUGUAAUCAUACACAUUUGAGAGCUGUGCCUUUAGGUGCCCAUUCUGUAUUCGUUGAUUGAGAAACCGAGAGAAUAUUGUUAAAACGUUUCGCCCAUAAGUAGUUACGCUUUUCAGGUUUUGUUCGAAACGCCUACGUAACGCGAACCUGCGCUAAUACGAGCCGUUUGUAGCUCUAGCUUUCCUGUUUAUUAAAGCUUUCAAGAUAACAAUAAUUGGUAAUUAAUUUUAUUGACGAAAAUAGAAACAAAUUUAAGAGAAAAAACACAAAUAAAACCAGUAGUUUGAUUAAUU